UCCCGUGGACUAUUUAUUUAUGAAUUGCUGAAUCUUUAAGACAAAAGAAAGAAAAUUAUAGUCUGACAACUGUCUCCGGCGACUGGUGUUUGAUCUCUCCGAGCUUCUGGAAGCGCAGCCAUGGCCGAUGAGUUCUCUGGAAAAAUCGAAAGCAAAGGGCUCAACCCGGGACUGAUCGUCCUUCUCGUGAUUGGAGGGUUGCUAGUGACGUUCCUUGUAGGAAACUUCAUCCUCUACACAUACGCUCAGAAGAAUCUGCCUCCGAGGAAGAAGAAGCCCGUUUCCAAGAAGAAGAUGAAGAAAGAGAAGCUGAAGCAAGGCGUUCAAGUUCCUGGCGAGUAGACUUUUGUUGUUUAUUAUAGUUGUUAUGAUCAUUUCCAUGAUGACUCACUUUGCACUACUAGACAUUAUAUGACUUUUUAGUUUUUAAUGUUUCGUUAUAAGCAUGGUGUUCUCUCGAAUGGCAAUGAAUCCUCAACACUAGUAUAAGCUUUGCUUGGAUGAUGUAAUAUUAAACUGAGAUUAUAUUUUGCAAUUAA